AUGGUGGACAGGAGGAUGAAUUCCACAAGGAGGAUUUCUGGCUCAGAUGACACGCUCGAGCUGCCUGCAGAUGUUCUAUCCCACGUCUUUGCCCUCAACGCCGAUAUGGGCCAGGAUCAAGCAGAAAUACCCCGAGAAAGUGUCUCUGAAUGGCCCCCGCGUGCACUUACCAUCAUUCGCGAUGCCUCUCAUGUCUGUCGCUCCUGGCGCAACUUGAUCCUCUUUUCACCGACCCUGUGGGGCAAGCUCAUCGAUAUCGACUAUCUCUCUCAUAUUUCCGACGAAGCGGCGCAAGAAAUCCUUUCUCGUGCGGGAAAUGCUCUCUUGACAGUGAAGGCCCAAAUCAAAAUAAGGGACAAAGCCACCGAUAACGCAGCUCGUUCGUUGCUCUCCCACGUGCUAGAAGCGAAUUGGGACAGGAUCGAGAAACUAUCCGUGCACGUCUUCAAAGCCCACCGUACCGAACCGCACUACUGGCCUCAGUUCUAUAUGCCCGCGCGAUCGUUGAAGUCAUUUCAACUCUACUUCGUGUCCUACUUCACCAUGGAACAUGUCCUUCCUUUCGACGGACGGAGGCUCUUUGACGGGGUGGCACCGCAGCUUCGUUCCAUCGAUUUGGGCAACAGGAUGGAAAUCGACCCAGGAGCCUCGUGGCUAUCGCACAUUCGAUAUAUCAGAAUCUACGAUGCCCCCAUGCCGCUCUCACGGUGGCUGGACUUGCUCAGUGCUACAACAAUGUUGGAGUCGCUCGUUAUCCAUUUCUCAUCUAUUGACCAACAGAGCCCUGAUCUUGAAAAUUGUUGCUUCGUGCGUCUUCCCUACCUCACCCGACUCGCGGUCAGCCAUCGCCUCUUCGAUGUCGCGGCGCUGCUUGGUCACCUUGAGGUGCCUCCUCGCUGCCUCGUCGACAUUAUAACUACCGAUCCGGAACGUAUAAAGUCCGCCGACGACAUCGAUCUCGUCAAGGAUGUCCUCGGGACCUACGCCAAAGCAUGGAUCACCCAUUUCUCCGAGCAGCCUCAGCUCUGCCUCUCUGUCUUGCGUCGAGGGUUCUGUGUCAAGCAGUACAUCCAGGGGACGGAGAAAAAUCCUGUGUGGUGUUUCUGUUUAGACGUCAGUUGCAGCUCAGAUCAUGAUCUGCACAGCGUCUUGCCCUACCUCGAUGCGUUCGCUGGGAUCAAUUUUGACCACAUCUCCGAGCUCGCUCUGGAAAUAUCGGGAUCUUGGACACUGGAUACAGAGCACUGCGUCGAAUCCAACCCAUCCAUACCCCGCUUCAUUUCGCGCCUUCAGAACGUCGAGUGCAUGUACACAACGAUUAAAUCUGUCGACACCCUCAUUAGGAUGACUUACCACCAUUCCGUCCUCUUCCCAGUGCUUUCAAGAUUGAAGCUGGGGGACAUAUGGAGCAUCUACGGUCGCCUGAUGGGGCCGGAGAACGCCCCGGCGAAGGUGGUGCGUUGCUUUCUUGAGUGGCGAGAGAGUAAGGGCCAUCCCAUUCAGCUUCUCGAUCUCACUCACUGUGACCUUAUUCCUGAUUUAUCGUCCUUGGACAACAUGGCCACAGGGAUGAAGAUACGCUGGAAAUCAUACCGGUUUGCGAGUGAGUGCGAACCAGAGUACAUUUGUGGUUCAGGGAGACAAGACGUUCUCGCCAAUCUGCGCCCUCAUGAGCUCGUCGAUGGAACUUGGGUGCUCACAUAG